GAAGGGGCAGACUGUUGCGCGCAGGACCCUUUGCCCGCAGGGCCUCACUGAGUAAAGCCAAGGCCUCUCUGUCGCCGCUGCUGGCACGACCAAGACUGGCGUCGCGUCGUCUGUGUCUUGCGGGCUAAGCUGCAAGAGAAGGCCUCGGCCGUUCGCAGUUGCCAAGAUGUCGACCAAGAAUUUCCGUGUCAGCGACGGAGACUGGAUCUGCCCGGACAAGAAGUGUGGCAAUGUUAACUUUGCUAGAAGAACGAGCUGCAACAGAUGUGGUCGAGAAAAAACCACAGAGGCUAAGAUGAUGAAAGCUGGAGGGACUGAAAUAGGGAAGACACUUGCUGAAAAGAGUCGUGGUCUCUUCAGUGCUAAUGACUGGCAGUGUAAAACUUGUGGCAACGUUAAUUGGGCCAGGAGAUCAGAAUGCAAUAUGUGCAACACACCAAAAUAUGCCAAACUUGAAGAAAGAACAGGAUAUGGUGGGGGCUUCAAUGAAAGAGAAAAUGUUGAGUAUAUAGAGCGUGAAGAGUCUGAUGGGGAAUAUGAUGAGUUUGGCCGCAAAAAGAAAAAAUACAGAGGGAAGCCUGUUGGUCCUGCAUCUAUCUUAAAGGAAGUUGAAGAUAAGGAAUCUGAAGGGGAAGAAGAGGAGGAUGAGGAUGGAGAUCUGUCUAAGUAUAAAUUGGAUGAGGAAGAAGAUGAAGAUGAUGCUGAUCUCUCUAAAUAUAAUCUUGAUGCUAGUGAGGAAGAAGAUUCUGCCAAGAAGAAGAAAGCUACAACUAGCCGCAGCCGUUCCAAGUCUCGAUCUUCUCAUUCACGAUCUUCAUCUCGCUCAUCCUCCCACUCAAGCUCAAGGUCUAGGUCCAGGUCAAGAAGCUCUUCCAGUUCAAGAUCAAGAUCUCAUUCCACUUCCAGAGAACGUUCUAGAUCUCGUGGGUCGAAAUCAAGAUCCAGCUCCAGGUCUGUCAGGGGUUCUUCAACCCCAAGAAAAAGAUCUUACUCAAGCUCUCAUUCAUCAUCCUCCCCUGAGAGAAGCAGAAAGAGGAGCCGAUCUAGAUCUUCAUCUGGUGAUCGCAAAAAAGGGCGAAUGAGAUCACGGUCACCUGAAAGACACCGCAGGUCAUCAUCUGGAUCUUCUCAUUCUGGAUCCCGUACAAGUUCUAAAAAGAAAUAAUAUAUUAAAACUCAAAAUUCACAAAGAUAUAGUCCAGUGCAUGAGACAUUUUAAAGAAGUUGGUGUCUUUCUUGGUCAGAAGUGCUAAAUCCUGCUAGUAUAGGUGCAUGUUUAAUGGAAAACUGCAGCUAUUUUAAUUCAUGAAACAAUGUAAUGAACUAUUUUAAGCCAUAAAUUGACCCAGAAGGUGAGUAAUAUGACUUUGUUUUAAUUUCAAAAUGUUCUGCCUUCCCUCUUUUUUCAUGGGUUUUUCAUUUUGGAAGGUUCUCAUCUGUGAAUUCUUGUGUGAGAACUUUAUAUGUUAUAGUAUCAUCCUGGUUUGUCAUUUAGUCUUUACAUCUACUUGUUUUAGAACUGUCUGGGACUGAGUAUCUGAUUCUUAAACUGGUCUGGUUCACUUUUUUCCACUCAUCCCUACUAGAACAGCACAGAAGUACUGCAGUUGUAGUAUGUCUUAGUUGAAAGGCAAGGAAUAUAUCAGAGGUGUAGUCAUUUUCCACUGCUCCAUGAUGAGAUUUCUAAUGAGAAAUCUCACUUUUCAUCCAAGUGAGAAACAGAUCUUUGUGGCUUUCAGUGGAUACGUAAGCUAUUUUACAUUGCUUCUUGAAUAUUUGUCAGAACAAUGUUCUUCACUUUUCCAUGGAGUGUUGUUGCAUCUAUGAAUAUUCCCUGGUGGAGUGUAACUUCCCAGUAGUUUAAAUUCCCUAGGUGUUUGGCUCUUGAUACUCACAUCCUAACUAAUUAAUAGCUGUGGUACUGCUGCAAACAAAGUGCAAAAUUCAGGUUUCAAAAUAAUAUAUGUAGGAUUUCAUGCUCACAACAACAAAUCUGUUUGCAACAAAUCUGUGUCUGAUGCUUGUGCUCCCCUUCCACAAAUGUUUAUCCUGUAGUAUACUACUGAGUUGCUCAGUGUGAUACAAGCAGAAAUGAAAAUUGUACACCUUCUUCUCCUUUCUCUUCCCCACCCCCAGUUGCACUUGUGGAAGCUUGGGAUUUCACUAGUGUGUAGCUACCAAGCUAUGUAACAUGAAAUAUUAAGACCCAGGCCAUUUGGGGUUUUUGAAAUCACCUAUGAAGUAAUGAGGAUGUCCUAUUGAAAUCAUUUUCUAUGAGCCAAUAAACAAAAUUUAACUGACUGGUAAAACUUGCAAAAAUAGCAUGACAAUUCUAAAAAAAACUAAUACCACAAAUCAUUGCAAAUAAUCUUUUGAAACUGAUGUAAAUGUCAUUUUAUGGCUUAAAAUGCUUCAUGAAAUUUGUCUAACUAGCAAAUAUUUGUUAAAUACUGACCAUUCUUAAGCUCCGUUUGCUUGAGAGAAAUAUGUGCCGUCUUCAGUGACAUCCCAAGGUAAGUAUGCUAAGGGAGAUUAAUCUAGGAACGAAGCAGUAUGUUUUCAGUUACUUGUAUCCUGAAACAUCUGCCCUGUAAAGAAAAAUGUACAGUGACAAACGGAGAAGUUGUCUUUAUUUCUUUUCUUUAAUAAACAUCUAGCAUAUUCCAUUUCUUUGGACAGAUCAGAGACAAAGCAAAAUGUUUUUGCUAUAGAAAUACUUUGGAUAAAUUUUGCAAAGCGCUGCAAAUCCUGUAUUGUUUUCUCAGAUAUCUUCUCUUUUUUGCUAAAUGUAGCAUAGAUUUCACAAGAACAAAUAGUCUCUUGUAACUGUGCCUCUGACUUCUUGAAAGUCUGUUUAAAAUUGUGAAAAUCAAAUUUGCUAGAUGCUACGUUAAAGUUAGUUAUUCUUGUGCUUUGUAUUCCUAAGUAUUGUAUCUAAAAAGUUUUUAAACUUGGCAAAUGAUAAUCUAGAAUGGCUAAGGGAAAAUUAUGAGUUAUUUGGUUUGGAUUAAGAUACCCUGGUUUGUUCUAUGAAGAUACAAUUCUGUAGAAAUAUGUAAAUAAAGCAUGCUAAUCAAA